ACCCUAUAGGUAAGGACGAAGUAGAGGGCUCUUCUCUCGAACAAAAUUCCCGAAACAACUGUCCAGAGAAACUGUACUAUCACUGCUAAAUAUGUCAGCAAGUCUAGUUAUUCAAUUUCGGAAUAAUGCUUCCUUUUUAGCAGUAUGGACUCUUUCAGCCUCAUUACUGCUAGGAAUCUUAGUUGGUCUCAGGCGACUUUCACGGAUGAGAAAAGAGAGGGAAACAAACACGAACUCAAGGGGAGGCGAUGAAAUAAAACUACCAUUUUUAUCAAAUAUAGUUCCAUUUAAGGGCUUACCUAUAUAUGACAAGCCCGAAUGGCCCAGAUGCUGGAAAGCUGGAAAAUACCAACUUACAAUGGGCCUCCGAAAGCUGGACCCAGACAAUUGGAUGACCUUCGACAAUCAGUGGGAAAUAGAGCACAAAGCCAAGUUGGAGUAUGCCUCAAGGAAGGACAAAGAAACAAUUGUCGACUAUCUUGAUGGCGAGGAUGAGGCGGCGGUAGAAUUGCUCGAGGUUAUCGUGACGUAUAUCACUCGGAGAUAUCCGGAUAUGUUCUGUCUUGAGGGUGAUCAAAUAAUCAUUAUUCCGAUUGGUGAGAGAUAUCGGAUUAAAGCACCAUAUGAUCGUCAUCCCUUGGAAACCGCAUCUCUUUUGGUAAUGGAUGACCUCUAUAUACUCAAACAGGGAGAGGGUGAUCUUUAUUAUCUACGCGGGGCAUUCCUAGCUGCCCCCACUGGCUGGCGGCUCGACCAGAAGAUCGGAUGGCCCUUGCAUCAAAUUCAUGAUCCAGUACCAUUGUGGAAGGAGAAGCUGAAGAAAUCAAUGGAGAGAUUUUUCGUUAAUCUCAAGGUCAAUUCACCUAUUCAGCGAAACAACCUCUUCGUCCAACCAUGUGGGGAAAUAUUUCAUCACGAUAGAUUCGAAAGUUAUCCCGAAGUUAAACGAAUCGAAGAUCUUUGGAUACGCACGGAGCUUCAGUCAUUAUGCCGACUUCCUCGGUCAAAGGCCGUUGUCUUUAGCGUUCGGACAUAUAUGGCAAAAAUGACUGAACUUAAGGAAGAACCGGCAGCGCUCGAGCGACUUUGGGAUGCAGUGCGCAAUUUUCCAGAUAUUGUCAGCGAAUACAAGAGUGUACAAUUAUGGAAAGAUGUGUUUGAAGCAUUCUGUCGUGAGGAAUUGGGGAAGAAUGAACCAGAAAUCGAUGCUAAUACCCGCGAUGGCGUGACGACGGCGUAUCAACCCAAGGCGUGCCCCGCAGGGUUCACCUAAAGGCGCCAAUUCUAACAUUCAUAGCAAACAAUGAAGCGUAACAGUGCGUCUCAUAGGUCAGUGACCCGAUGCGCUAGAUGGCAGAAGUCCCAAGACUUCUCCAAGAUUAUUCACGCCCUAACAAUAUCAAAUCCCGAUUAAUACCUAGGUAAUGGUGCUGGAGGGCUAGUACGUGAUGUCAGGGGUACCGCUUUGUCAACUUAUCGCAACCUUCCAUACCAGUCUCUUUCAAGUCAAAGCAACAUAGCACUACUCUUCGGGCCGUAUCACACUCAAGCAAACAGCAGUCACCCGGACCGAUACCUACUAUCCCCAAUCCAAUCGCCGGCUUAGGAUAUUAGAG